AUGGUACUCCAGCUGGUCACGGAGGCUAGCUCAGGUGCUGGAACCCCUAGAAGAUGGGCGGAGCCCUGGGUCAAGCUCUACGCCGCCCCCAAGAGGACGCGAGAUCCUGCGAGCCCGACGAGUUCGCAUAAAACUACGCCGGCCAAGAGGAGCAAGGCGUCAGAGGAGGCAGCCAGCCUGCAGGAUCUCCAGGAGCUGGGGAAGUUGCUGCAGGAAGCCUCCACCAAAAUGAUGGAUAAGACGACGCGCCACAUUACCGUCUCCACGAGGGAGCAAAGAAAAGCAGGAGAGCGAGCCGGCGCAACGCAGCAGGGAAGCGAGAAGGGGCCCAGGAAGCCCCGAAAAAGGACUCAAGGAGCCCACUCAGAGCCCGCCGAGGCACACACCGCCGCCCGGAUCCUUGAGAACCCCGCAAAGCCCACUGGUGAAUGGAGGGUAGUCGCCAAGAAGCUGAGGGCAGCGCGCCGUGGACGACCCGAUGCUGUCAUCGUGCAAGCAAACGGCAAGUCCUACAGCGAGGUACUAGCCAUGGUGGCCAGGAGGGACGACAAGCAGUUGUCGGAUCUGGGCGCCUGUGUCUCAAAGGUUCGGCCCACCAACAACGGCAACCUGCUCCUAGAGGUGGCAAAAGGGAGUGCUGAGAGCGCCGAGGAGAUGAAGGAGAGCAUCGAGAUGGUGCUCGGUGACUCCGCGACCGUGCGUGCGUCGACGGAGGACACGAAAGUGCUGGUUCUGGAGGUACGGAACGUCGACUCUAUCACCUCGAAGAAGGAGGUCUGCGCCACUAUUGCCGGCCAGUUUAACUUCGAGGCGGAACGGGUGAGAGUCCGGAGCAUGCGCCGUGGCCGCUCAGAGACGCAGCUGGCGGUGGUCAGUCUGCCCGUCCCACUGUGCAAGGCAGUCCUUCAGCGUGGAGAAGUGCGAAUCGGAUGGUCAACAUGUAGGAUCCGUGAACGGUCCGGCCCACCGAGGUGCUUCAGGUGCCUGGAAACCGGGCACAUUGCGAUUCAUUGCAAGAACCCGGUGGAUAGGAGUGCCUGUUGCAUCAAAUGCAGAGAGUCGGGUCACAAGGCAGCCGAUUGCUCCAAGGAGCCAUCAUGUUUCCUGUGCAAGGCGGCUGGUAGCAAGGAGACGAGAGCGGCGCAGGAUCUGCUUCUGCAGACGGUGAGCGAGGUAGCGGCGGACGUCGCUAUACUUAGCGAACCAUACAAGGCGAGGGAGGGAGGAGCAUGGGCGAAGGACCGCUCCGGCAAGGCGGCCCUUUGGCUCUGUGGCGACGGACAGCGGCGGAUGUCCAACAUCCUUUCAGCCGACCGAUGCGGGCGGAACAGGAUCCUGGACAACCUAUGCAGCGACAUGCGUGGCAGGGCCAAGGUUGUAGUCGGAGGCGAUUUCAACGCCUGGGCCCUCGAGUGGGGAUCCGUCUCCACUAACGCCAGGGGACGCGCGGUGCUGGAGGCAUUUGCCUCGACGGACGUAGUCCUCCUUAACGACGGGAUGAGGCACACGUUUGCCAGAGCAGGAGCCGCCUCAAUAAUCGACCUGACCUUUGUGAGCAGCGCAAUUUCCCAUGACGCCAGCUGGUGGGUCAGCGACGCUUACACCGGGAGCAACCACGAGGCGAUCCUAUGCACCGUGGGUGCGCCGGAGGGGACCACCCGCACACUGCUGCGGCCCAGGAAAGCCUACCGGCUGGACACGCUGCGCACCCAGGCAUUCGCCAACGCGCUGGACGGCAUGUCAGCCGAGGCGCUGGGUGAAGCCAACGAGGCUGCAAACCAGAUCGCAGCAGCCCUGGAGCACGCCUGCGACCAGAGAAUGCGGCUGAGAGGGACAUGUCGGAGGAAUCAAAGGCCAACAUUCUGGUGGAGCGACGAGAUAGCCGAUCUCCGGUCAAAGUGGCUCCAUGCUCGGAGGCAAAUGACCCGGGCACGUGGCUCCUCUCGACUGGUCGAGUGCUGCGAAGUCUACAAGUCGGCCAGGAGGGCCCUAAAAUUGGCCAUAAGGGAAGCAAAGAGAGAGUGCUUUCUGCGGCUCUGCGACGAGGCGGAAAACGACCCCUGGGGCGGUGCCUACAGAUUGGUGGUCAAAGGGCUGAAAGCAGGCAGCACGGCUCCUUCGGACCCGGAAGCCCUGGACUCCAUAGUGCAGGCACUGUUCCCGAGGGGAGCCCCGGUGGUGAUGACGCAGCCCAGUGCGGAGCGCCACCCCAACGUCGACUGUGAGGUCUCCGAGGACGAGGUGAUCCGGACGGGAAGGAGCGUUCGCACCAAAAAGGCGCCUGGGCCGGACGCAGUACCUAACAGGGCCCUGAAGCUGGCUAUCGCGCUUCACCCAAAGGAGCUCGCCACCCUAUACGCCAGAUGCCUCCAGGAGGGUACAUUUCCGGAGAGAUGGAAGAGGCAAAAGCUCCUGCUGCUGGCUAAGCCAGGCAAACCGCCUGGGGAGCCAUCCUCCUACAGGCCUAUCUGCCUUACCGACACCACUGGCAAGGUGUUUGAGAAGGUGAUAGCAGCAAGGCUGAAUGCCGCCAUCGAGAGGGCAGGGGGCCUCUCUCCUAGCCAGUUUGGCUUUAGAAAGGGGAGGUCAACGCUGGACGCGAUCGAUAUGGUGUAG